AUGCAGCCUAGGCAUAGCUUAGAAAAUGUGGCCAGAUACUUCAUGAGUAGAGUUGGAAAGCAAUUCGGGUUAAUGGGGAACGUCGUCUUGAUGGCGGAUGAUCUUGCGUCACAAGGCUUUGAAAUUGUCACAGACGAAAAUGGAAAUGAGCUCGUGAAACUGCUGUUCAUGGACGAGAAUGACGAAUCGUCAGGGUAUGCACUGGUUUCUCCCGAAGACGCCAAGAGAAUCAUGAAUGGUGAGGCUACGCUUCAGAAUGUCAUUGACGAAGACGGGAAACAAGUCCUCACCUUAGUCCCUGUUGAACAAGAUCAGUUUGGACUGCAGGAGGCGGCUGGUUCAGGUGAAGGUGGUAAAUCUGAGCCGGCUCCACCUCCAUCUGAAGAUAACGUAAAAUCAUCUGAAGACGUUGUUGCGCCACCGUUUGAAACAGAAACAUCUACUGACAAGAAAACCGAUGAAGAAGCCACCGAAGCCAUAUCGAAGGAGGAUUCCGUCGUACCAGACAUUGCGCCGACUAAGGAAGACGUCGAGGUUGCAUCUGCUGGCCCAGCUACCACUUCUGCUGGUGCGGAGAAUGCUGAGCAGUUUACAAUUACAGAGCAAUCAGCUCUGUUAGAUAACCAACCUAUACAAAUGGUGUCUCUCCUGGAUUCCGCUGGAAAUGUCAUAGACCAAAAGCAUGGUCAAACGGGCGCUCAAGUGGUAAUGCAACUUCAUGGGCAAGCUUUUGCUUAUGAGAUUCGGGGUCCGACUGAAACUGGAGAACCAUUGACGUCUACAUUGCUACUUUCGGUUGAGAGUGCUGAGGAGCAGACUGUUUCUCAGCUCGUGAACGCCCCGGAGUCUAGUGAAAAUUCACAGGUGCAGUGGCUAGCAAGCGAGAGUAAACAAGCGGAGAGUGACAUUCCUGCUGGUCAGCAGUACACGCUCACGGAGGCAACAGCAACUGUUGAUGGAAAAAGUGUGCAGACAGUUGUCCUAGAAGACGAUAAGGGUAAUAUAAUGGAUCAGAAACAGGGCAAUAUAGGCGAACACGUAAUUAUUGAGCUCAAUGGACAAUCUUUGGAUUAUGUUUUUCUGGGUCCAUCCGAAAAUGGUGAACCAGUGCAGACAGUGCUUGUUGUAACACAGGAUGACGGAAGUGGUGAUGAAAGUGAGGCCGGUUUAACCGCGGCUAACUGGUGUCCUGUUGGUCUUUCUCAUGACCUCUAUACUACGAUACGGCGUCACUCCGAGGCUAUCGUUCACGAAAGGCUCUCGAAUCGACCGGAGCUCUCAUUCCCGAAUGCUGCUUCUGAGCCAUAUCAGCGAAAAUUAGGCUCAUAUGCAGCUUAUCAAGAGAUGGUUGAGCUUGCGAAGACGUACGCCGUUGGAGCAAGUCAGGGUGAAACACUUGAGCGCUAUGAAACUCUUCGAGGGCACGCCAAGAUUUACCGUUGUGGUCCACAGGCUCGUCCGCUAACUGUUAAUGAAAUGGUUAUCAACGAGGUUGCCUCACAGCUGUGCCGCUUCAAGCCGGGUUUGCUGUUCCACAAAAGGGAGCUAUAUCAAUUGGCUCUGGGUGUAGCGGAAGCUUGUUCACAAGAAAUUAAGGCGGCACAGGCAACUUACCAGCUACAUCAAACCCAGCAGCAAGCUCAAUUGCUGCACCCGCCGCAACCGGAGAGCACCGUUGUCAGUGGGCAAGUUGCUAGUAGCCAGCUGGCUAUGCUUGAGUCACGAGGCUUGAAUGCUAUUCAGCCAAACCAUGUUCCAGUAAGCACAAAUGUUGUGAUGUCCCACGCUGGAGCCGCAGUUUCUGCUGGAAAUGUGGUGCCCAUCUCUCCAGAAGGAGGAGUUGUUCUCGCCUACACGACCAAGGGUGCCUCUGGUGAUGCUAACACCCUCGUCGGACAGAACCUCAAGGGUAAACAGUCCCUCGGUGUUGGCACUCUUCAGCACUACAUACCUAAUAUGACAGUGGUUAAGCGCGAUCUCACCUACAAGCUCUCGGCUUCGGAGAUGGAAGCGCUUCGACUAGCUGCGAUAAACGCCCUGACAGAUCUUCCCACCACCCUUGAGGUGAAACCCAAAUCUGAUUGCACAAAUAUUGAGCGUGCUUCAUGGGACCGGGCAACAGAGCUGGCGGCAUUGCGGUCCGAAUCGGCUAUUGAUACCACCGAUCCACAUGCAGUUGCCAGCUUGCUCGUCAAUGACACCACUCGUGUUGAUUCGGUGCGUGAAAGUGCGGCGCUCUAUGGACGGACUCCGCUUCAAUCUACCAGUUCUGGUCCAUCAGCAAACGUAAUUAGCCCUCCUUAUCCUGUAGCUUCUCAACUGGCGACGGCGGCCAGAUCCUCUCCUCUCCUUACACCUUAUGAAACCGCCUGCAAUGAAGCUGCUGCCUAUCUUGCAGCUGGGCAACCUGCACUUCUUACUCGCCGAAGGGAACUUGCUGAGUUGGCUCAUAAACUUAUGUCGUUGGAUCUCUCCUGCGAAGAACAUAACAUCCUGGACGACAUUGCCAUUUAUACGGUUACUGGGACGGACACGUUGAAGAAGACUACAGAUUAUUUCCCAAUGUAUAUAUCGAAAUUUAAUUUUCUUCCCAGCCUUCCCGACUGUUCAUUCACGGGAAUAAUGCCGAUCCAUCUGAACCAGUGCGUUAAUCUCGUGGAACUUAAUCUCUCCAACAAUUGCUUGCAUGGUCUGCCUCGAUGCCUACAUUUGCCUAAGUUGAAACGUUUAAACUUAAGCAAGAAUCCACUCUUGGUUCGCUUCGCGAGGGAGAACGGGCCACCGCUGAUUGAACAAUUCCCUAGACUCAUUUCUGUUGAGUUGGAUCCCGAGCUGAAAGAGAUGCUGAAACCACAAUCAUUAGCAUAUCUCUGCCCUCUUUUGAACUCCAUCAACGGCGAAGAAUUUAACGUUGAGGCCACCGAGGACACUAUCAAAACUGCUCAAGCUGCAAAGCAAGAACUGGCCGCUUUAGUCCAUUCAAAGUGGGAAGAUGACUUAGUGGAAUUCUUCAAAAAGAGUGUGCCGCACCGUGACCUCAUUUGUGUUAUUGAGACACUAGUUUUACACGCUGUCAAUCAGAGUCUUACCGUGGAUGAGCCUUUUAAGCACUGCAAGGCGGUUUUGGCGCGUCAAAUAGCGGAAGAAUUCCUUGCACCGAAGGUGGUGGAUGAUGAGGAUGAGGAAGAACAUGCAGGCGACGUUCAAGUGCGAUCAGACUCUGAGUCUCAUGAAAAUGUGGGAAACGAUGCGGUCACGGCCACCAUGGAGGAACCUUCCUCUACCACUGGAGCUUCCGAGGAGGUUCCUACAAAAGCUGAAUCGGAAUCUGCGGGCCAAGUAGUCACAGCUGUAACCUCCGCUGCUGCCGCCUCCAACACCACCACUACCAAUGCGGACGGUGCGAAGAAGGAGGAUCGAAAAGCUGCGGAGGCUGAACGCGAAGCCGUUGCUGCCGCACACAACAUGACCCUCCUACCCGAUGAACCGUUGGACCGGCUUUCGGGUAUCAUUGGAACCGCAAUGCAGCAUGGAAAAACUGUAGUCUAUUCCGUCAUUCGCUCUGCCGCGCGUCAGCCCAAUGGAGAUCUCAUAAUUCCCGUUGUGGGUGGCAGCAUCGCCAAUGGUCUUGACUCAACAAGGCAGCCCGACGAUAGCUUGGAGCAGAGUGACUCUGAGAACAAUGCUCCACAAUCUAUGGUCACGACUGGGCAGCCGGCACAUCGUCGCACUAUUCCCUCAAGUGGGGCUGUUUUGGGUUCGCGUCGACCUGGUCUUAUGCUCGCUGGUCGGGGUGGCGGGGUGAAUAAGCGAGCAUCCACAGUUGCCCGCCGCCAUGAGGAAGAGUACUCAAUGGCCGAUAUGUCAGCAGCUCAUGGCUACUCUGCUUAUGGUGAUUUGGAUGAACAGGAGGAUGUAGUCCCGCCCAAACCUGUGAAAACCCCCGGCCACUGGCAACCUGGCAAGCGUGGGCGUCCACCGGCAUCGCAUUCCCAAAAAAGGGCUCUUGCACAGCAAGAGGAGAAGGAGACCGCAGCUUUACUGCAGAACGUGAAGAUUCCCCCACCUCAUGCUCCACCACCCGCCACCCUGCGCAUGUCCACUCGUGACUCCAACCGCAUGAAGCGUUUUUCCGCCUAUGGCGCUAUCGACACCGCUGCUGCUCUUGCCGGCCAGGAGGAGGCUCUUAUGGUUGCCGCCAUCGCCCAAGAGGAUGAAGAAGCUGAAGGUCCCUUUUCAGAGGAAAGGGAAGAUGAAGCUACUAGGAGGGGUAGUGGUGGACUCAGAAAGAGCGAAGGCGAAGUCCAUGCCGAAAUUGCCACUGUCGAUGAAUCGGAGGGUGUGUUGCGUUCUGAGGAAACUGAGGACGCGGCUUCUCCUGGACCAGCACCGCCGAAGCGAGGCAGAAGACCCGGCUCGACACUCAAGGCACUCAGAGCUAGGUCUUUUGGUGCGAACACCCCCACUGCCUCGAACUCAAUCGAUGCAGAUAAUGUGCAUGCUUUCUCACCCAAGGACUUUGAAGAUGAAACACUUAUUCGCCAUCUCAUUGACACUUCCAUCAACACUGAUAGUGUGCCUCCUGUUCCUAGUCUUGUUCAGCUCGGGGAGGUGGUGGACUACGACCCUCUGCACUUUAUCCGUUGUCAUGCGCGAGACAAUGACCCGUUAGACUGUUCCACCAAAGUUUGGCGCUGCGCCUUUGAGCCAAACCCCACGGACCCGAGGAGCACCACGUCCGUGGUUGCAACCUGCGGUGGGGAGUGUGUGUGCCUCAUUGACUGUCAGACAGGGAAAGUGCUGAAGCGUUUCAAACAUGUUGGAGAGGAAUUCUAUGCGGUUGCUUGGACCACGGUUGAAAUGGCUUCUGGACACCCUACAAAUUUGCUGGCAGCUGCAGGCAAGUUAAAGGAGAUUCGACUUCUCCAUCCGGAACAGUUGGUCUGCUAUGCAGAGAUGAAAGGCCAUAGGGAGGAGAUAGCUUGCAUGGUUUUUCAUCCCACCAAACCCACAAUACUCUUCUCCGGCGACUCUAAGGCCUGUGUCUGUGUGUGGGAUGUGGGUGUACCCUCGGCACCGGAAUACAGAACGAAACACCACCUCCUGAUGCGCCUCAUCUGCCCUCGUCCUCAUCUCAACCCCGUUCUAAAUCUCGUUUUUAUGCCAAAUUACGAUACUCUUCUAGCUGGCUGCGAAGACGGCGUCUUUGCGUGGAUCAUUCAAGACUUCAGGAAGCAAAGAUUUGCAGACGACAGAGUACCAACAAUGGAGAUCAAGAUACCAACAAACCGUGAACCUUGUUUUGAUGGUCUGGCGCGGCUGUCUGAAAACCUUGUUGUGGUGAAGUGUGUGGAGGAGGGAGAAAUUUACGUAUUUGACUUUGCGCAGCUUCUUUUAAGCCGUAAAAGGGCAGCUUCGUCGAAAAAGAUGGUAACCGCUGAGGUCUUGGGUCAGUUGCGAUGGCAGACGACGGAUGAGAUAUACAUCAACGUAACAGCUAGGCCAGGUCUUGGAGCUGUUGUUUGUGGCGAUAACGAAGGCACCAUCUGGGUUUAUGAUCUUCAAGAGCAUGUUGUCAAUGAGGAGAACAGCACAAAAUUCAAGGUCAAGCCCGUCAAGAUUCUCGAAUGGCCCGAAUGCAGUGUGGGGGGAAACCGGGAGGAGGACCCUCAGGUGAAAGAAAGUAUCAACUCGGGCUUUAAGAAUCCCGUUGUCAAUGCUACGGAUAUAAGCUCUGACGGUUCAUUUUUAGUUGCGGUAACUGAUAACAACCUCGUCUGUAUAUGGAACUUCUCGGGAUAG